AAAGCAGCUCACUUACCUUGGUUCAACUCAAACAUCUUCAGUCACUCAAAGUAACAUUUUCAGUUGAAGCUAACACAUCAAAUCAUCAUUUCACUAAACAGAGUAUCAAUGGACCAUUCGUUUUUUUCAACAUCAGGCUACCAUCAUCGUGGUCCCAUCUAUCCAUACGGAUUGCCUUCUACCACUGUAGAUCUCAUUCACACACCAUAUCCAGGAACUAUGUCUCCAAAUGGGCAGGCACCAACACCUAGGAAACAACGCCGGGAACGUACAACAUUUACGAGAGCCCAACUUGAUGAACUUGAGGAUUUAUUUAAGAAAACACGUUAUCCAGACAUUUUUAUGCGGGAAGAAGUGGCAGCUAAGAUAGGUUUACCUGAAUCUAGGGUACAAGUUUGGUUUAAAAAUCGUCGUGCAAAGUGCCGGCAACAGCAACAACAAAAUCAGCAGAACGGACGUGUAAAACCUAAAAAGGAACCCAAAGUUGAAGUGCCACCAACCACCACCACAUCAUCCACAUCUUCAUCAACAUCAACAACCACCACAACCAUUAGCAACUCAAAUUAUUCUCCUAAACAAGUGAAGGAAGAAUUCCAGGAUGUCAAUAGGUUACAACAGCAACAAGUUAUUCAACAUCAGCAACUACAUCAACAUCCAAAUGGACCCUUACAAGGUCAUUAUGCGCAACCACAACAUUUUUCACCGUCAUCAGGUUUAUAUCAAAAUCAAAUGGAAGGAUAUCAUCACAUGGAUCAAAUGUCAAUUCAACAGUCGAUGCAGAAUCAUCCACCGCCAACAUAUUAUCCACAUCAUCACUACCCUUUUCAUCAGUUUUAAUUUAAUUUAACUAUUGCUUGUAUGACGAUGUUUAACUUCACUUUCAUCAUCAACAUUUCCGUCAUUCAGAUAUACCUCUUUAAUCGUGAAAAGAUAAUCGGUUAAAUUCUUUAAUGAGGUUAUUUGUACAUUUGAGAAAAUAAAAAUUAUUCAUCUUCAA